AUGCGAGGCCAGCGUGUCCAGGAGUGUGUGUGCAGGCGGCGGAGGCUGGGCGCCUGGGUGCUGCUCUCACUGCUCAGCUGUCUGCUCCUGCUGUCCAUCACCUACAUGCUGAAGCUCGUGCGCCUAAUGAACGGGCGGAACCGGUGUGAGGGUCGCGUGGAGGUCGAGUACAACGACACGUGGGGCACGGUGUGCGACGACGACUGGGACAUGGUGGACGCCAACGUGGUGUGCCGGCAGCUGGAGUGCGGGCUGGCGGUGGCCGUGGGCAGCAGCUCCCGCUUCGGCCAGGGCGCCGGGCCCAUCCUGCUGGACAACGUGGACUGCAAGGGUGGCGAGACCGACCUGGCGCUGUGCGGCAGCCUGGGGUGGGGCAUCCACAACUGCUACCACUACGAGGACGUGGCCGUCACCUGCAAAGUUCAUUUGAGUUCAGUGUGCGACAGUAGAGAAAAGUGGAAUGACGUCACUCCCCUUUCUGUUGCAGGAGAUGGUACCAUCCGUCUGGUCGGCGGAGCGAACCACUGCGAGGGAAGGGUGGAGAUCUAUUACCAAGGCAACUGGGGGACCGUCUGUGAUGAUGACUGGGGCUUGAAAGACACCAACGUGGUGUGUCAGCAGAUUGGAUGUGGCCAGGCAGUCGCGGCGCAGAGCAAUGCCUACUUUGGCUAUGGCACCGGCCUCAUCCUGCUGGACAACGUCAACUGCAACGGCUACGAGAGCCACCUGGCCACCUGCUACAGCCUGGGCUGGGGGAUCCAUAACUGUGGCCAUCAUGAAGAUGCCGGAGUCGUAUGCGAAGGAUCGGGAUCCACUACCACUCUGCCAACUGUGAACACAGACACAUUUAACAGAAUAUUCCUUCUUAACGGGACAACUCCAGCAACAACCAUAAGCACAACAACUAAACCGAAGCCCACCAUCCGCGUGGUCAACGGCAACGGCACCUGCCGGGGCCGCGUGGAGGUGUUCCACAGCAACGUGUGGGGCACGGUCUGCGACGACGACUGGGACAUGGACAACGCCCAGGUGGUGUGCCGGCAGCUGGGCUGCGGCCCGGCCAUCGCCGCCAAGCAGCUGGCCUACUUCGGCUACGGCUCCGGCCCCAUCAUGCUGGACAACGUGGACUGCCUGGGCAGCGAGCGCAAGCUGACCGACUGCUUCAACCUGGGCUGGUUCCAGCACAACUGCGGCCACCACGAGGACGCCGGCGUCAUCUGCUCACCGUUCACUGGAUUCUUGGGGGUAGCGAGAGACUUUGGCAUGACCCUCAAAAUGCCCACAGGCUCCGGUCCAUCUCAGAUGCCCACCACCACCCCUCCACAGGGUACGGUACGGCUUGUCCAAGGCCAGAAUCAGUGUGAGGGCCGUGUGGAGCUCUUCUCGCAGGGCUCGUGGGGAACGGUGUGCGACGACGCGUGGGAUCUCCCGGACGCCCAGGUGGUGUGCAGGCAGGCGGGCUGUGGCGAGGCGACGGCGGCCAGGGGCCAGGCCUUCUUCGGCCCGGGCAGCGGCACCAUCGUCAUGGACAAUCUCAAGUGCACGGGCGCGGAGGCCACCCUCGACGACUGCUCCCAUAUAGCGUGGAACGUCCACAACUGCGACCACACGGAGGACGCCGGCGUCACUUGCUCACUAUCGUGAUCGCGCCCCCGGCAACGCGCGCCAGGCAACGGUCACUAUGUCACUAUUGCCAUAGCAGCAAGUGGGUAGU